AUGUCAAGCAUAAGGUAUUCUUUAUAUAGCGUUGAACUUCAAGUCUCUACCUGAAAUAGAGAUUCACACGGCCUCUUUGAUUAUGAAGCCAAAAACUUAGCCAAAAAAUCCUCUAAAAUUGUAAGUCCUUGCUGAGUGAUCCGUAGUCAAGACACAAUUACCACACCUCCUAUUGAAGAUGAAUUGAAAUUGCCUGAGGAAAACUCAAAAGUCCUUGCUAUGGUUACCCAAAUAGGGCCGAAUUUUGUAUAUUUUUCAUCUAGAAAGGCAAAUUCUCAAUUAUUUUAUAUUGAAAAUUAAAAUUUAUUAUAAAAAGGAUAUUAAAUAGACCAAAUCAAGGCCAAAAACAGAAUGAUCAGAUUUUUGAAAAAAUGUGACUAGUUGUGAGCUCUAUCAAAGGAAAUAAAGGACAAAAAGGCUACAAACUGUCUGAAGGAGAUAUAAUACGUAUUGGAAGAAUUAUGCUGAGAGUAAAUGAAAUUAAUGGGUCAAGGGAUACAAGCACCAACACUCUUAAUCUUCUUAAUCUUAAUUAGAGAUCGACGGCUGCUAAGCCCCUAUUGUUAACGCAGUCACCCAGACCCGAAGGUUCCUCCGUUUUGCGACUUCCGCCUACAGGACUCUGAUUUUACAGCUAGCCUGUUCUGUUGGUCAUCUCCUCCUUGCAGGUUGAACCCUGCUCCAGUGUUGAGUGGGCAGAUUUUAGGAAUUCUGCGGCCUUGCUUGAGGCUGUGAGAACGAGGUCGCCCAUUCCGAAAAUUUGAAAAGCAAAUUUUCUGGUAGGGCUAUCGGCCAGAAGGGAAAUCCAAGCCCAGGACGCAACGCCCGGUAUCGCGCUAGGGAGUUGCCCGAAUGAUCAGGAGAGAACUCCUGAUGCUGCUGAGCUUCCCCUUUCCAACUUGGAAUACCCUUCUUCCCCGAGGUAAAAACCCUUGGUUACAAAAUGAGCUGCGGUCGACCAAAUUCGACAUUGCGCUCCAUUGUGCCAAGGUAAAACCUUGCCGGAUACACACUCCGAGCGCCUUUUCCCCUUCCACAAGGUCCCCGGUUGACCCGGCUACAGGUGUUGAGAAAAAGGGCUGGCUUUCCAGUCGCCAUUUUUAUGUAUAUCAAGCACCAACACUCAUGGAGAACUGAGGUGUAAUCAAAUAUAUAAUGGAGGGCUUGGCAGUCAUAAAAGAACAACUAUAACUGAAGAACCAUUAAAUGUGGAAAUUGCGUCUGAAGGGGCUAAUCAGACUUCAGAAAACGCAGAAGAAAAAGCCCAGUGCCGUAUUUGCCUUAUGGAGACUGCGUCUGAAGAAGACCCUCUGAUAGCUCCUUGCAAGUGUUCUGGAACAAUGGGGCAAAUUCAUUUAAAUUGCUUGCAGCAUUGGCUGACAAGUAAAAUUACAAUAAGAGAGGUAAGUACACUAUUUUUCUCUUAUAAUUAAAAUUUUUUAAAUGAAAAUUUAUAUGAAAAAUAGUUUAUUUAUUAAUUUAAAAUUAAAAAAAAAUAAUUUACUGUAAUUCAAAAUCUUAUUCCUGGAAAACACUAGAAUGCGAGCUCUGCAAAAUGAAAUACCCCGACAAGCUCUGUGUAAAGGGAGUCAAUUACGACCUUUUAGGCUUCGAAAAGCCAGACUCCAACUACAUAAUUCUUGAAAACCUAAAUAAAGACAGAAGCAACCUGCGAACAAUCCAUGUGAUCACUAUGCAAAAUAAAAACAAUAUUCGUCUAGGCCGAGGCCAUGACUCUGAUAUCAGAAUAACUGACAUUUCAGUCUCAAGAAACCACGCAACUAUCAGAAAUUCCAAAAUUGGGCUGAUUUUAGAAGAUAACGAAAGCAAGUUUGGGACGCUUGUACAGAUAAAAAAGCCAAUUUUUCUUGAUAUUGGCUCAAGCAUAGCAGUCCAGUGUGGUAGAAGUGUAAUGGCAGUUACAUUAAAAAAAAAUUGGAGCUUAUUUUCUUGCUUUGGAUCAUGCAGCAAAGCUGAAGAAGCAGAAAUACCUGAAAUAGAGCAUUCUGUGAGGGAAAUAACUGAUGAGUCUGAACCUAGAGAUUCCUCAUCAUAA